ACUGUUCAGCUCACGACCGCCAUACGUCCUGAUGGCGGAGAACAUAUACAGCAAAGGGACCAAGGUUUGGUUCCCUGACAAGGAGCUGAGCUGGCUAUCUGGGGAGGUCACGUCUGUCACGAAAAAUUCUGAUGAUACCGUCAAGCUCUUCUUCGUCGAUGAACGCGGCAAGGAAGUUGUCAUCAAUACCACUGUCAAGGAGAUAAAGGAUGGCAAGGAAGGCCUCCCGCCGUUACGCAAUCCACCACUACUAGAAACAGCCGAUGAUCUGGCCACACUCUCUCACCUUAAUGAGCCAUCUGUCCUACAUACCAUCCGGAAUCGCUAUGCCCAACAUAGCAUCUAUACCUAUAGCGGAAUCGUGCUCAUUGCUAUGAACCCUUUCCAGCGUGUCACUCUUUAUGGACCUGAGAUAAUACAAGCGUAUAGUGGCCGGAAACGAGGGGAAUUAGAGCCUCAUUUGUUUGCCAUUGCCGAGGACGCAUACACCGCAAUGAGCAGGGAUGGCACGGGUCAAACGAUUAUUGUGUCCGGAGAGAGGUAUGAAUGCAGCACAAUCAUGAAUUUUUCUGGCAGUUCUGAUAUUUUUGCCAAAGUGGCGCAGGCAAAGUAUAUUAUGAGGUAUCUGGCUUCCGUGAACCCGCCAGAUUUGAAGGGUAGAGGCAAGACUAAAGCUUCCUUGGACGAAUCAAGUGAAGUCGAACGUCAAAUUCUUGCCACAAACCCCGUCUUAGAAGCAUUCGGUAACGCGAAGACGACUCGUAAUGACAACUCUUCUCGGUUUGGCAAGUACAUACAGAUUCUAUUCGAUGGUAAGCAGGAGAUCGUCGGUGCCCGGAUACGAACGUACCUGCUCGAACGCUCGCGUGUGGUCUUCCAACCGCUGACGGAGCGGAACUAUCACAUCUUCUAUCAGCUUUGCGCGGGUGCACCUCUGAAGGAACGCAAGGAUCUUGGCUUGGACACAGAUGUUUCGAAGUUCCACUAUCUCAAGCAAGGCGGCCCUUCGUCUAGCCCGAUCAAUGGCGUCGACGAUGCCGAGGAAUUUCGACAAACGCAAAUUGCUCUAUCCACAAUUGGUAUCAGUGUGGAGAAACAGUGGGCUGUUUUCAAACUGCUUUCGGCUUUGCUUCACCUGGGAAACAUCAAGGUUUCACAGAUGCGGAAUGAUGCUGCCAUCGACGAUGUUGACCCGGCACUACAACUGGCGACCCGGUUCCUUGGUGUUCCUCUUGCUGACUUCAAGAAGUGGACGAUUAAGAAACAGAUUACGACGCGGACAGAAAAGAUUGUAACAUCCCUCAACGGUGCGCAAGCCACCGGUGUUCGGGAUAGCGUUGCAAAAUUCGUGUAUGCUUGCCUGUUCGAGUGGCUGGUCAACAUCGUCAAUGAGAGCUUGGCCGGUGAAGGUGGCGAGGCUGCGAGCCGUGCCGAGAUGUUCAUCGGCGUCCUUGAUAUCUAUGGUUUCGAACACUUCCAAAAGAACUCGUUCGAGCAAUUCAGCAUCAAUUACGCUAAUGAAAAGCUACAACAAGAGUUCAACGCGCAUGUGUUCAAACUUGAGCAAGAGGAAUAUGUCAGGGAAAAGAUCAACUGGACCUUCAUCGACUUCUCUGAUAAUCAACCUUGUAUCGAUGUUAUCGAAGGGAAGCUCGGUGUCCUCGCCCUUCUUGACGAGGAAUCGCGUCUCCCCUCCGGCACAGAUUCGACCUUCUUGCAAAAAUUGCACAACCAAUUAACCAAGCCGGAGAACAAGAACGUAUUUAAGAAGCCCCGAUUUGGAAACUCUGCUUUCACUAUUGCCCAUUAUGCGCUCGACGUCACUUACGAGGUCGAAGGCUUCCUGGAGAAGAACAGGGAUACCGUUCCCGACGAACAUAUGGGUUUGCUUUUGAAUACCAAGAACGCCUUCUUAAAAGAAGUUCUAGAUGCCGCUUUCGCUGCUAACAAGCCUCCCGAAAGUGCACCACCGGCGUCUCCUACACCUUCAGAUGCGGGCAGUGGUUUCGGUACUGGCUCUCGUCGCUCUUCUGUCAUCCCUGACCCUGGUCGUGUGAAUCUCAUGGCAUCUGCUGCUGCUUCGGCUGGACCGAAGCGGCCAGGCGGAGUCGUGAAGAAACCCACUCAGGCUUCGAUUUUCAAGGCCUCUCUAAUUAACUUGAUGGAUACCCUUGGGCAGACCAACGUUCACUAUAUUCGUUGCAUUAAGCCCAACGAGCAAAAGAGAGCUUGGGAUUUCUUGCCGCAUCAAGUGCUGAGUCAGCUCCGUGCUUGCGGUGUUUUAGAGACUAUUCGUAUCAGUUGUGCUGGCUAUCCUACUCGCUGGACAUAUGAAGAAUUCGCUGAACGGUACUAUAUGCUUGUCCAGUCUUCCGAAUGGGAUUCCAUGAUUCGUGACCUGGAGUUGAAACCUCUCUGCAACCUCAUCCUAGAUAGGACGAUCAAUGACCCCGACAAAUACCAAUCUGGUCUCACCAAGAUCUUCUUCCGAGCUGGUAUGCUCGCUGCAUUAGAAUCCCUUCGUUCCGGUCGUUUGAAUGCUCUCGUAACAACCAUCCAGAAGAACAUGCGUAGACGAAUGGCUGUCAAGAAGUAUCAAGAGCUUAGACAUGCAACGAUCAAGAUCCAAACUUGGUGGAGAGGUAUCCUCGCCCGCAAGCUCGUGGAAGGUGUUCGGAGGACAGUUGCUGCGACUCGAUUGCAGACCGCCAUUCGAAGAUACACUCAGCGAAAACGCUUCCAGGACACCAGACGGGCGAUCAUCCGAUUCCAAAGCCGUGUACGUGGUGCUCAAGCUCGUCGACAAUUCGUGGAAUCGCGGCGAACCCAUGCUGCUACCGUUCUUCAGAGUCUUCUGCGUGGCUUCCUUACACGGAGAGCAUUCCACACAGAUGUCAAGCAUGUUGUUUAUCUCCAGUCCUGCAUUCGUCGCCGUCUGGCUCGUAAAGAGCUAAAAGCCCUCAAAGCAGAAGCACGAUCCGUCUCUAAGUUCAAGGAGAUCUCCUACAAACUCGAAAAUAAGGUUGUCGAGCUUACGCAGUCGCUUCAAAGGCGUACCGAGGAGAAGAAAGUACUGGAAGGCAAACUUGCAGAGCUCGAGAAACAGCUUGAGGUCCUUGCUACUCGUCAUGAGGAGGCCGAUUCCCGUGCCAAGCAGUUCAGCUCCCAACUACAAACUGCUCAACAAGAUGUCGCUCAGAAGAACGAGCUCUUGCAGGCAAAGGAGGACUUGGAAAGACGGCUGGAGGAGGCUGUCGCCAAGGCGGCAGAGAAGGAAGAACAGAUUCAGAAAUUGACAAACGACGUGAUGCGACAAGCCCAACAGCUGGAGGCUCAACAAAAGGCUAUUGACAACACUCCCGUGCGCAAUGCAGACGACAGUUCAGUCAUUUUGACCCUGAAGAAUGAAGUCAGCAAUCUCCGUGAACAGCUCAAUCGCGCCAAUGCGCUCAACGCGCUGACUGCCCGUAGCCGUCCAGAACCUACUUCUCCGACCUUCGCACCUGGUCUUCGACUGGGAGAGCCCAAUGGUGCUGUUCCCAACGGAAAUGGUACUUCGCCAGUUGCCAGCCGCGGGCACCAGCGCAGACACAGUUCCGCAGGCGUAUACUCGAUCAGCCCCAUCGACAACCGCACCUCUGCGGACGAGCUCAUGGUCAUGGCCAAGCGCGGCCAGGCAGCUCGUGCCGUCUCCGUCGCCUAUAAUGGCGAAGAUGGUCUUCCUCGAUUCCGUGCUCCCAAUGGUCUUGCUGAUAUCUAUGAUGACCCUGCGGAAGAGAAGAUCAGACUGAUGCAGGAUAUCAGACACUUGGAUGAGGAUGUUCUUGAUGGUCUCAUCCGUGGCUUGAAGAUCCCGGCACCAAGUCUCAAUAACCCGUCGCACGUGAAGGAGAUCCUCUUCCCUGCUAACCUCAUUAGCUUGAUCACGAAUGAGAUGUGGAAGUACGGUCUCAUCCCGGAGAGCGAGCGAUUCCUAGCGAAUGUUAUGCAGACUAUCCAGUCUCACGUUAUGUCGUUCACUAGCGAGGACUGCGUCAUUCCUGGGAUCUUCUGGCUUUCCAAUGUCCACGAGAUGCUUUCCUUCAUCUGCGUUGCCGAGAGCGACAUGCUUCAGGGCAUCGGUCCGGGUGAGGAGAACGCCGUGCGACCGUUUGAGUGGGCCGACUAUGAACGUCUUGUAUCUGUCGUCAAACACGAUCUUGACAGUCUUGAGUAUAAUAUCUACCACACAUGGAUGUCGGAGACGAAGAAGCGGCUGUCGAAGAUGGUCAUUCCAGCACUCAUCGAGAGCCAGUCUCUCCCCGGCUUCACCACUACAGAAGGUAGCGGUCGAUUGUUCAACAGGUUGCUCAACAGCAAUAGUCAGCCUGCAUACAGCAUGGAUGAUAUCCUCAACCUGCUGAACAAAGUCUGGCGCAGCUUAAAGAGCUACUACAUGGAAGAAUCGGUGGUACAACAGGUCAUCACCGAGCUUCUGAAAUUGAUUGGUGUUACGAGCUUUAACGAUCUUCUCAUGAGACGAAACUUCUCCUCGUGGAAGAGAGCGAUGCAAAUCCAGUACAACAUCACUCGAAUCGAAGAAUGGUGCAAGUCUCAUGACAUGCCCGAGGGCACUCUCCAGCUGGAACAUCUGAUGCAAGCGACAAAGCUGUUACAGCUGAAGAAGUCCACGCCUGCGGAUAUUGAGAUCAUCUACGACGUGUGUUGGAUGUUGACCCCUACGCAGAUUCAACGAAUGUGCACGAACUACUAUGUUGCUGAUUACGAGAACCCCAUAUCGCCGGAGAUCCUGCGCGUAGUCGCGUCCCGUGUGAUUGCCAAUGACCGCAAUGACCACCUGCUUCUUCCGCCAGAGACGGACGAAGUUGGACCAUACGAACUGCCCUUGCCACGAGAGGUAUCUGGGCUGGAGACGUAUGUGCCCGCAUACCUUAAUGUUCCUCAUCUUCGUAGAUUAGCGGCUCUGGUAGCAUAGUCUGAUUUGUUUCGCUGUUGUUUUGCUCUGGUUCUGGUGACGGCUUCCUUCGAUGUAUAAUCUAUGGCAAAUAAUACCCUGGAAUUGUUUCGGACGGCGAUGUAACUUAGGGCAGCCCAAGGGCAGCCUGUAAGGAUAUCUGGAUUGUGGGCGU